AUGGACCACAACCAACUUCCCGCGGGGUUGUUCACCCCCGAGAGGCCCUCCGGUAACGGUGGCGUCGACAACACGGUGCGGCACAUCUCCCGCCCCAAAUCUUCCCGCCUCGACCACGGGCCGACUCUUCGAUGCGAUAACCACCCGUUCGCGGCCCCGUGGCGCGCGCGCGCGCGCAUCUCCCGCCUCGCGACUUGA